UUUGAUAAUAAUUAAAGACAAAAGAUCUCGAAAGGAAAGUUGACAUAAUACGAAUAUGGGAGAGGAUCAACGACCAUGGACCGACGUAUGUCCAGAGCUCUUGGAUUCCAUCUACACGAGACUUCCAUCUCACGUCGACGGUACACACUUCGGCAAUGUAUGUAAGAACUGGCAUCAGGUCCACUCCCACGUCGCACUUUCUAAUCCACUACCUGUGUUCAUCAACCAUGCAAAAUUGUCCAGCUCGGACGUCAUCCAAGUGCAAGAGGAUGGGCGACUUUUCCUCCAACGACGUCGUGAAUCUCAAAUCCCACAUUGGCUUUCAGCACUACCCACUGCUCCUUGCUCGAUGAUCCUCAUGGUGUAUGGAGACCGCUAUUUCAGCGUGCUUCGUCGUGGGGAAAAUGGAUUUGAGCAAAAAGGAUACUGUUUUUCUUUGUGUGGGAAAAAAAGACAAAUUUGCCUCGGUGUGGGUUAUAAAGACGGAAGAUUCUUCUGCUUAUUUGAAAUGGGGGAUAUGUUGAUCUUCAGCAUCGACGAGAAAGAAAUGAGGAUGAUGUUGGCAGCAAUUAAGCCUAUCCUUCCUGAUAAACUCCGUCGAUGGAAAGAUUUGCGUGUUAUGGCGUUGGUUGUAAAAGAAGUCAUGGCUGCAGAUGAUCGAUAUCAUGAGGAACGAGAAGUGCUAGUGUUUAUCACUUAUUGGGAGCGAUAUGAUGAGGCGAGUGAGAAGGAUAACUUCCGACUGGUGGGAGUGAACGAACGACUUAUGACUACGACACGUGAUCUAUUAUUUGAGAAUGAUUGUGAAAAGGAGUUUCUGGAGGAUUUGAGCAACAAGGGAUUUAUUUUAGUGAAAGAAUCGUUGCCAUUGAAGAUGAAUUUGGAAAGAUCUUCCUUGGAUAUAGUACUAUUUAUAAGUAGUUCUCAUUUUUGGCUUUAUCUUAAUUCUUGGAUUCAAAAAUUGAUUGUCAAGUUGUUCCCUUAAUUUUAUGGACAUGAUAAAAUAAGUUAAACCUAAC